AUGGACAAUCCUGAAAGUGAAGCCAAUGAGGUCCAUGACGACGAGCAGGUCUUGGUGGUUAGAGACUCAUCAUACCCCCUCUCUCGAUUCUCAACCAUCUAUCUCAGCCACAUCGUCAAGAAUGGUAUUCCCGACAAACGCAUCUCUCUUAGGGCCCUACCAAUACCGCCGGUUGAGGUUCUAUAUCACGAAUUGGGCUUUGGCAAAGGGUCCACGCUCGACGGCAAGGUUUCUAAUCAAAUGACAAGUCUUUUCCGCAGGGUAUUGAAUAUCUUCAGAAAGGACAAAUUCGCAGGCGACACCCAACUCCCAACUCAAAUUGCUGAUUGGCACUCGCCGACAUGCUUCUCAAAAUUUGAAGGUCUUGCUUCCGAAUUUCUAGACCGACAUGGAGCGCAGUUUUGGGGCAAUGAGGACUCAAAUGAGGACCGUAAUGGGGUUACCAUGGCUAAGCAUCAAGACCUCAUACAUCUCCUAAUAGCCCAGGCUCUGUUCCAGUCUGCUUUAUUAAAGGCGAAGUACCGCAAGUCAACCGUGCAGACUUGUACCCCGACGACGAACCCAGGUCUUCCGGAAAGCAAUCCAAGAACAAGCCAGGAAAUGGUGAUUUCGCCGAUCAAAUCUACCCAACGUGCCAGUGUUGACGUUUUCGGAGCUUCCAAGGUUCAAGAAGCGAGCCUGCCUGCACCCCAAGACACAACACUGGCCAUCUCCCCCUGCAAGCCCUCAUCAGUUGGUGUCUCUGCCGACCUGAGCCCACUCGCACGAAAACGCCCCCGACCAUCUAGUAGCGAGGAUCGGCCUCGCGCUGCCUUCUGGUACCGCUUAGUCUACUCUCGAAGCCCUUACAGCGUCGAAAUCUGGAAACCCCGCAAGAGUUUGCAUGAGAUGUCCCUUCCGGAGCUCAAGGCCGACCUCCCUUCGGAAGUAGGACGCUCAACUCGUAAGCUUGUUCUCCAUUUGACUGGUCCCGAGUUGCGCUUGAAGAGCAGCCUGGAUCUUACGGAUGAGGACGCCUUUGCCUACGUGAAAGGACAGAUGAGGAUGUUGGUCGAACCGAUCGUUACUCAGCAUCAGCACAAAGGCAAGAAUGCCGUUUUCGACGUUGAAAUCGAGGUCGUGUCAGACGAGUGA